AUGAAUAUUAUUGCACAAAUCAACAGCACCAACAACAACAUUCCACCAGCUCCACCAUUUCAAGCUUUUCUUAUUUUUUUGCAACAACAACAACAAAUACAACAACUCCAACUCCAGAUACAACAACAACAACUCCAGAUGCAACAACUACAACGACGACACCAACUCCAGAUGCAACAACAACGACGAAGAACACAACGAUUACAACGAAGAAUACGACGAUUGGAACAACAAUUACAACAACGAAAUAAUCGUGGUCGUGUUCGUCGUGUUGGUUGGAUUGAUCGUGUUCGUGUUCGUAUUGGUCGUGGUCGUGGCCGUAUUUACCGUGUUGGUGAUGAUCGUGUUCGUGGUGUUCAUCAUGGUCGUGUUCAAGGUGGUAGUUAUGGUAUUAGCUCUGGUGGUCGUGGUGAUUAUGGUAUUAGUUCUGGUGGUCGUGGUGGUUCUGGCGAGGUUGGUGGUGUUAAUGGUAGCAAUCGUAUUCAAGCUCGUCGGGCUACUUAUUAA